UCAAAAACGUAAGUUUAGUUGAGCUAACAACAAAUGGCUGCUCCUACUACACCCACAAACGUCGUCCUUGAUAAUCAGAGUGGCGACACUUUAAUUUUGGUUUCGUCUACCUAUGAAGGCGUUCCUAACGUGAUUAAAAGCGGUGCAUCGCCCUCUGAAUUCCCGCAGGAUACAGAGCUCAGUGUUAUCGCAUCUGUUGUGUAUGCUGUCGGGAAUAUAGCCACGUGGGUCGUUGUUUGGACCGCUAAUAACGAAGUCGCUACCUCGGUCCUUCCUCCUGGUACUCCUCUUAUUUGGAAAGAUAUCUGGAACAAACUUCAACGCGACGGCGCCAUUGAUUCGUACCGCACCAGCUACGGUUGGGAAUACAAUUCAACGGUAGAAAUCAAAUCAGAUGGUGAUGCUCAAACCUUAAGUGUCAUAAUCUCUUCUGAUCCCAUUUCCAAAUUAAACUAGCUUUGUUGUGCUUAAUUACUCUUCUAGGCAAUCUGUGGUGCGAUGGUGAGGCUGUCAAAACUAAAUAAAAUACAACUUGUUUACACCAUGCACUACUACUAUUUGAAUAAAUUUGACAUCCAAUAAUAAAGGAUUGCCACAGGCUCUAGCGGUUCAAUUAUGUGUGUUUAGUCUGUCUCUUGUAAUAAUUUCAAAUAUCAGCAUGUAUCUCUUUACUUUAAUAACAUCUAGUUCUCAGUU